AGCCCGAGCGGAAUCACAGCCGUGAGUCGGGCCGCAUCCGCGACUCACCCGUGAGCUCCUCAUGACUCGGGAGCGCGCCGCUCCAAGACGCGCACGGACGGAGAACGCGGAGCGCUUCUUCUGUCGGUGACCACGUCCAUGGAUGGAAGUGCAGCACGGCUGGUAAAACCAACGUGACAGCCGUGUCCACCAGUCCAGAGAGAGAGGACCGCUCAACAACUGAACUGGGCUCCGGCGCGGGAGCGUAGACCGAAUUCCAGCCAUGAUUGUGAAAAUGAUCGCAUACAUUUUAAAACUACGAGGCAGUUCUCACUGUUGUCAGCCCGUUUAGUCCUUUUUUCAUGGCGAAAUAACGCAACAUGUUCUCCGAUGGCCUCAGCAUGAUAUUACGUGGGGAGAACAGCGUGCAGCCUUUUCAACACCUGAACUCUUUUCAUCCCACGAGGGAAACUAUCGUGCCGAAGACGAACGAUAACAGUAUCGGGUGUUUCGCUCAGCUGCAUUAAUAUCUUCUUCGUGUUCAUUUCGCGAGACUUUCAAAGCACAGUCAGUGUAUCCCCAUACCACAAAUACACAGGGUUAGGAUCGCGUGUAACUGGGCCAGCUUCCGCCACUGCGGAUGUGACUCUCUUUAUUUGUCUUAAAUACAGACGGGCGAGGAACAAUUAUUAAUUAUUAUGGCACCGCUUCCUGCGCUGCGCGUGCCGCGGCCACCGCCGCCGCGGCGAGCGCGAGCCUUCGCCAUGGAAACAGGGAAGCGGAGCUCGUGGCAGAUCUGAUGAGCCAUCAGCUCGGAGUCAUCGGCAAACGCGGACACGCAGCGCCAUUUGAAUCCGUUUCACGUAGACGGGUUGACAGUCGGGACAUUGCUGGAAAUUUCCGAGGAGAAAUGUGAAGUUGCUCGCCGGAGAAUGAUGGAGGGCGCGAGGCAGGGCUGUGCCGGCCGUGCGGACGGCAAAGGCGCAAUGCUCGUCUAGGAAACCCAGUUUUGCCUGUUAGGACUUCCGUCUGCAAAUCUGAUAACUUCACCGGAGCCUUGAACGGUUUCACUCUCCGCAAAAAGCAAAAACAGCUGGAUCCAAAAUGCCUCGGAACCGGGCCUUCUCGGAGCCCGAAUGCUCAGCGGAGUAUUCGGCGGACUGCUCGGUGACUCUGCCGUCUGACCCUGGCCAGGCCGUGGGUCGUACCCAGGAGGUGACGGUUCGCAGCGCUGGCUGCUGCAUGUGCCUGCCGCGGUUCAUGCGGCUCACCUUCACCCCUGAGUCGCUGGAGACGCUGUACCAGACCUACUUCCGGCGGCAGCGACGUGACACCCUCCUGGUUCUGGUGGUGUUCGCGGUGCUGUUUGACUGCUACGUCAUCGUCAUGUGUGCGGUGCUCUACACUGGGGACAAGCUGGCCACCGUGGUUGUGGCAUCCGUGGGCCUUGCCGCUCACGUCCUGCUGUACCUACUUUGUUUCUUCGGCCUCCUUCCCGACCGUGUGUCCCGUCGGGUGGUGCCCUAUGCGCUCUGGGUGCUAAUUGCAGCCCAGAUCUUCUCCUACCUGGGUCUCAACUACUCCCGCUUCCACCAGGCCAGUGACACCGUGGGCUGGCAGGCCUUCUUCACCUUCUCCUUCUUCCUGACACUACCACUGCGCCUCACGCCCAUCGUCCUCAUCUCCACCGUGUCCUGCGGCAUCCACACCCUGGUGCUGGGGGUGACCAUUGCACAGCAGCAGCAGGAGAACCUCCAUGGGGCAGCGCUGGCCAGACAGCUCUUGGCCAACGUAGUGAUUUACCUGUGUGCCAUCUCGGUGGGCAUCAUGUCAUACUACAUGGCUGACCGAAAACACCGCAAGGCCUUCCUGGAGGCAAGGCAGUCCCUGGAAGUGAAGCUCAACCUGGAAGAACAGAGUCAGCAGCAGGAGGGCCUGUUGCUGUCUAUCCUGCCUAAGCACAUUGCUGAUGAGAUGUUGCAAGGCAUGAAGAAGCAAGCAAGCCAAAAGGAGAUGCAACAGUUCAACACUAUGUACAUGUACCGCCAUGAGAAUGUCAGCAUCCUGUUUGCAGAUAUUGUGGGUUUUACGCAGCUGUCUUCGUCGUGCAGUGCACAGGAACUGGUCAAACUGCUGAACGAGCUGUUUGCUCGUUUUGACAAGUUAGCCGCCAAAUAUCAUCAGCUGAGAAUUAAGAUUCUAGGAGACUGUUAUUACUGCAUCUGUGGGUUGCCCGAUUACCGAGAGGACCAUGCUGCCUGCUCUAUCAUGAUGGGCCUGGCCAUGGUGGAAGCCAUCUCGUACGUCCGCGAGAAGACCCAAACAAACGUGGACAUGCGAGUGGGGGUGCACACAGGCACAGUGCUGGGGGGCGUGCUGGGACAGAAGCGCUGGCAGUAUGACGUCUGGUCCACGGAUGUGACCGUGGCCAACAAAAUGGAGGCUGGAGGCAUCCCUGGGCGCGUUCAUAUCUCCCAGAGCACCAUGGAAUGCCUACAUGGUGAGUUUGAGGUGGAGCCAGGCAAUGGAGGAGAGCGCUGUGAGUACCUGAAAGAGAAGGGCAUCGAGACCUACCUGGUUGUGGUACCCAAGGGCCCGACAGCCAAGAAUGGCAUCAACGGGGUGAAGCUUUCCGUGACAUCAUCCAACGGGAACUCUCCGGUGCUGAUCAACACUACAGAAUGCAAUGGGAGCAUCCACACAGCGUGUACCACCCCAGAGGAACCGGAGGAGCUGGACACGCGGGUCGUGAACCCAUCUUUUCCGAACCCACGGCGUCGCCUGAGGCUGCGUGACCUGGCUGAGAGAGUGGUUGAUGCACAGGAGAAUGAGCAGGAGCUGAACAAACUGCUGAAUGAAGCGCUGCUGGAAAGAGAGACUGUGCAGGCUCUGAAGGGGAAGCACACCAACCGCCUCUCCCUGCGCUUUGUGGACCCGGAGUUGGAGACGCGCUACUCCGUGGAGAAGGAAAAGCAGAGCGGUGCCGCCUUCAGCUGCUCCUGUGUGGUACUGCUGUUCACGGCAGCCAUGGAAGCACUCAUAGACCCCCAGUUGGUGGUGAACUACGUGACUCUAGUGGUGGGAGAAGUCUUGCUAUUUAUUCUUACACUUUGCUCAGUCGCAGCCAUCUUCCCUCGAAUGUUUCCCAAGAAGCUGGUGUCUUUCUCAACGUGGAUCGACCGCACACGCUGGGCCCGUAACACAUGGGCCAUGGCAGCCAUCUUCAUCCUUACCAUGGCAGACAUUGUUGACAUGCUCAGCUGCCUGCAGCCCCCACUGCGACCCUAUAAUGCCAGCUUUGGACAGGCAUUUGAUUCCUCUUGGGAUGGGGGCUGCGCGGAGAACCCCAAGUACUACAGCUAUACUGCUGUUCUGGCCCUUGUGGCAACCACCAUGCUGGUCCAGGUCAGUCACAUGGUCAAGCUCACGCUCAUGCUGCUCAUCACCAUGGCAACUGGAGUGGUCAACGUCUACAGCUGGAGGGACAUCUAUGAUCAGUAUGACCUUGUCCGCUUCAAAGACUACAGCCUCUCUCAGGUUCCUUCCAAGUACCAGAUGACAGUGAUGAUCUUCAUCAUGAUGCUCAGCUUUUACUACUUCUCCCGCCAUGUGGAGAAACUGGCGCGGACGCUGUUUCUCUGGAAAAUCGAAGUCCACAAUCAGAAGGAGAAAGUCUAUGAGAUGCGGCGCUGGAACGAGGCAUUGGUCACUAACAUGCUGCCUGAGCACGUGGCCAGGCAUUUCCUGGGCUCCAAGAAGAGGGAUGAGGAGCUGUAUAGCCAGUCAUAUGAUGAGAUUGGGGUCAUGUUUGCCUCCAUCCCAAACUUUUCUGACUUCUACACAGAAGAGAGCAUCAACAAUGGAGGAAUCGAGUGCCUGAGAUUCCUGAAUGAAAUCAUUUCAGACUUUGACAGUCUGCUGGAUAAUCCGCAGUUUCGCUGCAUCACCAAGAUCAAGACCAUUGGCAGUACCUACAUGGCAGCGUCUGGUGUUACACCUGAUACUAAUACCAAUGGCUACAACGGCAUGAAGAAGGACGAGCAGUCAGACAGGGAGCGCUGGCAGCACUUAGCUGACUUGGCAGACUUCGCUCUGGCUAUGAAGGUCACCCUCAUGAACAUCAACUACCAGUCCUUCAACAACUUCAUGCUCCGCAUUGGUCUCAACAAGGGCGGCGUGUUAGCGGGAGUCAUCGGGGCACGGAAGCCCCACUACGACAUCUGGGGGAACACUGUCAACGUGGCUAGUCGCAUGGAGUCCACGGGAGUCAUGGGAAACAUCCAGGUGGUGGAGGACUGCUACGUCGUGCUGAAGGAGUACGGAUUUCGGUUUGUGCGGCGAGGGCCUAUCUUUGUGAAGGGGAAGGGAGAGCUACUGACCUUCUUCCUGAAAGGGCGGGACAAACAGGGUUCUUUCGUCAAUAGCUCUUCUGUCACCCUACCCCACCAAGUGGUGGACAGCUCUUGACCUCCGCCCAAAACAAAUGAAACAUAUAUGGCAUCUCUCUCGCAGCUGAACACACAAGUACACAGGGACGGAGACAACACACAUAAAAACUUUGAAAAAGACACUCGGGAGCGUGUAAAGCACGGCACGCGAAACAUUAAAAUCAGUACAUGUUCGUAUACAGCCAUUUAAAUACUACACACUAACUUUAGAAAAAAAUAUUUAGAUCUAUAUUUCUUCAAAAACACUUCCAUGCAGAAGAAUAAAAUGUUAGUGUUCAGUGAAAGACUUUCCAGUCGCAGAGCUUGUACGCAGCUGAUGAAGACUGGCCAGCUUGCUGUCCUCACACCACUCAGACUUUACCUGUAAGGAUUCACCUGUGGACCUGGAGUGGCGACACAGUGUUUGUGCGAGCGAAGGGCGUGUGUGCGUGUGCUAGAUCUGUUGGACGAUGAAGUGUCCUUCAGCUCAGACUGUACUCUAGUGCUCGGUGUCUUUCCUGCCAGACUGGAUGGAAGCGCAAUAUUUUUUUCCCACCCUUCCACCUCCCCUCUCAGCCCUCUAACUUUUUUAAAGUACAAAAGCACACAUAUUUUUAUACUCUGGUUGCAAAACAAAUUGCUAAAGUGGAAAAAUUGGAACAACGACAAGAAGGACCAAUGUGUCAACUAGAUAUGUAUAUACAGCAUAUAGUUUUACAUCAGAUUCAUUUAGUGGACUUCAGGGAUAGAUGAAAAACUAUGUGUAGUUAAGAUAAAAAAAAAAAAAAAA